AAAGGAGGAGGGGAAAUAAUCUUGCAUCGGCUCUGCUUACAGGCUUGCGUUCGAUGAUAAUUUUGUAAUCCAGUUGUUAAAUAUUAACCAGCUGGUUCAACAUUUUGUCUUCCACUUCACUUAUCGGCAAAGGCAGGAGAAGUUCACAAACAACAAUGGCCAGCUACAGUGUGGAUCCAGGCCCUGAAAAGUUAUCUAAUCUUCAGGGUCAGGUGAAUGAUGUAAAGGGCAUCAUGUCACAGAACAUUGAAAAGGUUUUGGAAAGAGGAGAAAAGCUGGAUGACCUAAUCAUUAAGACAGAUGAUCUCCAAGCAUCUGCUGACACUUUUCAGAAAACUUCCACAAAGAUUGCAAGGAAAAUGUGGUGGAAAAACACAAAAAUGAUUGUUAUCAUUGUGGUAAUAGUUGUUGUGAUCAUCACCCUCAUCAUUCUCAUUGCUACAGGUGUCAUCCCAACAUAAGACCUUCCUACAUAGUACUGAUGGUUCAGCUAUUAAAGCAAAUGUAUCUUCUUGUACAUAGUUAGUAGUUCUCCAGAAAUACAGUUGCAUAAGUUUUGAUUAUAUUAUAACCAAAUAUAUAUAUAUAUAUAUAUAUA